CGCUUCGUCUUGGACGGAGAAACCAAACCCUGACGAGGGUAUCGAAAUCCUAGGGAGGGAGGGAGGGAGGGAGGCGUCUGUCUCAGGGUACCUCCGCCACCACCUCCUUCCGGCAACUGACUAGGCAAGCCAGCGCCGCCAAGCGCGCGAGGCCGCCGCAGGCCCCUCCCGCUGGUGCUGCCUGGAUCCUUCGCCGUAGCCCCGCUCCGCAGCCCGCCGCUCCUUCCUCGGUCGUCUAGUGGACCGGAGUGGAUUGGAGACCCGUCCCAUCCGGGCGUGGAUUCACUGGAUUUGAUUGGUUUCGUCGUCCUCCCCUUCCUCGUUGGAACUUGGUCUUGUUCUCAGUCAGAUCCAGAGAAAUUUCCAAGCGAUUUUGGGGACUCCAAGUCCGCGGCUGUGUGUUACUCGAGUGACUAGCUAAGGAGUAUUGUGUCUUCUCCCUGCCGCCACACCAUGGACGCAGAGGACGAUGACCAACGCUUGCUGCAUAGCCUCGGCGUCACAUCCGCAAACAUCGAGGACAUUGAGAAGAAAAUCCUGUCACAGGCCCAAACUGAUCUGAAGCACGAUGUCGAAUCAGGAACAGCUGUCAAUGGCUAUGAGAGGAGUAAUGCCACACCUGAAGCUGAUGUGCAGGCCAAGCUGCACCAGAAGCUGCGCUCCGUGCAACUGGAGAUCGAUGCUGUAGCCUCCACCAUUAAACGAGCUAAGCACGCAGCUGGGAAGCAAGACAGCUCGGACAGGGGUGAUGCACAAGAUAAAAAGAAGCAGCAUGCUGAUCACACCGCUCAAGACGAUCCUCAUGGAGGAGCCCUCCAGCAAGCGCUUGCCACCGAGCGUCUUAAAAGCCUCAAGAAAGCUAAAGCACAGAUUCAGAAAGAGAUACUACAUUCCGAUCCCCACCCUUCCAGCUCAGACAACCAGAAAGAUAAAAUGCUGGCCAUGCUGGUUGAAGAGGAGCCGAGGCGUAAGAAGAAGCUGCUAAUGCCAUCUCCUGGGCCUAAGAAGAUGUCGACACCUAGACUGAAAACCAUGACCUAUAAUGACGACGACGACUUUGAUACAGUGCUUGACGGGGCUUCUGCGGGAUUUAUGGAAACUGAAAGGGAAGAAUUGAUCAGGAAGGGUUUGCUGACACCAUUUCACAAGCUGAAGGGCUUUGAGAAGCGAGUUGAACAACCUGGACCUUCGUGUAGGCGAAAUGAUCCCUCUGAACCAGCCGAAGAAGCCAUGGAAGCUUCCAGGAUUGCUAAAGUUGUCCAGUCAUUACAGCAGAUUGCACAAAGCCGCCCUACAACCAAAUUGCUUGAUGCAGAAUCUUUACCUAGACUGGAUGCACCUACUGCUCCAUUUCAAAGGCUUGGAAGACCUCUAAAACGUCCUGUUUCUCCCAGUUCAGAAGAGCAUGAAAGGAAGAGACGAAGGAAUAAGAUCAAAAGGCCCUUGCCUGGCAAGAAAUGGAGGAAAGCCACCACAAGGAAGGAGUUGUUAUUGGACGAUGAGGAUGUUGGAGACACAGGGGCGUCAAAUUCUGAUGAUGAAGAUCAAGCAAUAGAAGGUUGUGACGCUCCUGUUAUCCUUGAAGGCGGUUUGAAGAUUCCUAGCACAGUUUAUGAGCAGCUAUUUGACUACCAAAAAGUGGGAGUGCAAUGGCUAUGGGAGUUACAUUGUCAAAGGGCAGGUGGAAUCAUUGGAGAUGAAAUGGGCCUGGGUAAGACUGUGCAAGUCUUAUCAUUUCUCGGUUCUUUGCAUAACAGUGGCUUGUACAAGCCUAGCAUUGUUGUUUGCCCUGUAACCCUGCUGCAACAAUGGAGAAGGGAGGCUAGUAAGUGGUAUCCAAAGUUUAAAGUUGAAAUCUUACACGAUUCUGCAAAUGGUUCAAAUAAAAGGAGCAAGACAUAUGAUUCUGACAGUGAAGCUUCUUGGGAUAGUGAUCAGGAAGAGGUUACACGUGCAAAGCCUGCAGAUAAGUGGGAUGACUUGAUUUCGCAUGUUGUAAAUUCAGGAUCAGGUUUGCUUUUGACUACAUAUGAGCAGCUAAGAAUCUUAGGGGAGAAGUUGCUUGAUAUAGAGUGGGGAUAUGCUGUGUUGGAUGAGGGUCACCGUAUAAGGAAUCCCAAUGCUGAGAUAACGUUGGUGUGCAAGCAACUGCAGACCGUGCACAGGAUAAUCAUGACAGGCGCACCUAUCCAAAAUAAACUUUCUGAACUCUGGUCUCUUUUCGAUUUCGUGUUCCCUGGAAAGCUAGGUGUGUUGCCUGUAUUUGAGACUGAGUUUUCUGUUCCAAUUACUGUUGGUGGCUAUGCUAAUGCAACACCAUUGCAAGUGUCUACAGCGUACAGAUGCGCUGUUGUCCUACGUGAUCUGAUCAUGCCAUACCUUCUUAGGCGUAUGAAAGCUGAUGUUAACGCACAGCUUCCCAAUAAAACAGAGCAUGUUCUUUUUUGCAGUCUAACACCGGAGCAACGUGCUACUUAUCGUGCAUUUCUUGCUAGUUCAGAGGUGGAACAAAUAUUUGAUGGCAACAGAAACUCUCUGUAUGGGAUAGAUGUUCUUAGGAAGAUAUGCAAUCAUCCUGAUUUACUUGAGAGAGAACAUGCCGCUCAUAAUCCUGACUACGGAAAUCCUGAAAGAAGUGGAAAGAUGAAAGUGGUUGAGCAAGUCCUUAAAGUCUGGAAGGACCAAGGCCAUCGUGUUCUUCUUUUCGCUCAGACGCAACAAAUGCUUGACAUUUUGGAGAACUUCCUGACGGCUUGUGACUACCAAUACCGAAGAAUGGAUGGACUAACACCUGCAAAGCAAAGAAUGGCACUGAUUGAUGAGUUCAAUAACACAGAUGAAAUUUUUAUUUUCAUCCUGACUACAAAAGUCGGUGGAUUGGGUACAAAUUUGACUGGUGCAGACAGGGUUAUUAUAUACGAUCCUGACUGGAAUCCUUCGACAGACAUGCAGGCCAGGGAACGUGCAUGGCGAAUUGGGCAAACUAGGGAUGUGACGGUUUACAGACUAAUCACGCGUGGGACAAUAGAGGAGAAAGUCUAUCACCGACAGAUAUACAAGCAUUUCCUCACAAACAAAGUACUGAAAAACCCUCAGCAAAGGAGAUUCUUUAAAGCCAGAGACAUGAAGGAUUUGUUCACGCUACAAGAUGAUGACGGGAACGGUUUAACUGAAACAUCAAACAUUUUCAGCCAAUUGUCUGAAGAUGUGAAUAUCGGGGUUCCGAAUGAAGAUCAACAAGACCAGGCACAUGUUGCUUCUGCUCUACCAGCCAUCAGCGAGGCUGAACCAUCCAGUAGAGGAAAAGGGAAAGUGGACCAAAACUCUGACCAAGCAGAUGAAGAAUCCAACAUUUUGAAGAGUCUUUUUGAUGCCCAGGGCAUUCAUAGUGCUAUCAAUCAUGAUGCUAUAAUGAAUGCCAAUGAUGACCAGAAGCUGCGCCUAGAAGCAGAAGCUUCACAGGUGGCACAAAGGGCAGCUGAAGCUUUACGCCAAUCACGGAUGCUCAGAAGCCGUGAUAGUUUUGCUGUUCCCACAUGGACUGGAAGAUCAGGUGCUGCUGGGGCACCCUCCUCUAUUCGCAGGAAAUUUGGAUCUACAAUCAAUAGCCAGUUGGUUAGUUCUUCACAGUCAUUAGAAACUUCAAGCAGCAGGGGUCAAAGUCUUCAGGUGGGUGCUCUAAAUGGCAAAGCGCUGUCAUCUGCCGAACUUUUGGCUAGGCUUCGGGGAGCCCGAGAGGUAGCUGCUUCGGAUGCAUUGGAACAUCAGCUCAACCAAGGAGCAGCUUCCAAUCAUGUAUCAAGUCCGUCAGGGAAUGGUCACUCAUCUAACUCUUCUAAUAGGAGCAUGAUAGUGCAACCCGAAGUCCUAAUCCGCCAAUUGUGCACCUUCAUACAACAGAAUGGCGGGUCUGCCAGCUCUACAAGCAUAACAGGACAUUUCAAGAGCCGCAUACAGUCCAAGGAUAUGUUGCUCUUUAAGAAUCUGCUGAAGGAAAUAGCAACGCUGCAAAGAGAUGCAAACGGUGCUAUGUGGGUGCUGAAACCUGAUUAUGAGUAAUUGUAGCUGUAGUUCACAGGAGCAAAUUUUUGGUCUAGGAUUAGCUUCCUGCAUAAUUUCAUUUUGGAUGGGAGAAAAUUUGAAAUUCAAUAGAGAGAGCUUUUGCUAUGGCUGACUGAUUCUUUUUAUACGGAAGGAAUGAACAUGAAACACGAACAUGUUUUGUGACA